AUGUCCAGACGUGGUUUAACGAAAUUCGAUACAACAUUUCUCACUAAUGACGGAGGUAAAUACUCGCCAUCCAUACGACGAUUGCGUCAACAAUAUCUACCCGAAAUGAAGAAAACUUCCUCGCCGCCACAGCCAUCGAUCAACAUGAAUUCAAUUCAUCACCAAUCAUCCCUUGAUAUCAUGACAACGCCAUUAAAAUGUGAUGAUUGUCAGAAGCACGACGGCUUGUUUCAAUGUUGUCAUUGUAAUCAACGUCUUUGCAUUCGGUGUUGCAAUAAACAUUACAAAAAGGUCACUGCUGAAUUAGAGUAUUUACAUGAAUUGAGCGAUUGUCUUCUGACAAAGAUUCUUCAUACAAAAACCGAUCUUGAACGACAAAAAAAUGAAACAAUUGAACAAUGCCAUCAAUGGCGUAUCGACACGAUGAACACGAUUAACAAAGCUCAUGCAUUGAUUAUUCAAACGAUUCAGGACGAGUAUGAAGUCUUAAGUAAAGAAUAUGAUUUAUUUGUUGAAAAAGAAAUGCAACAUAUCAAAGUUGAUAAAAACGAAUUAAUGCGAAUGAAAAAAGGCAAUCUUGGUUCGUUGCUUUCAUCGCCCACAGUGAACUCGCCUCCAAUCGAUCCAACACAAUCAAUCGGAACGAUUAAAAAGCGUAUUGAAACAUUUGCAAAAUACAUGGACGAUGCAGGAAAAUUUCACUUUCGAGUUAAAUUACCAACGUUCUCUAUCGAUGAAAAACUUCGAGUCGAAUCACUUUUCGGGGAUAUGACUCGCAGUACAAGUGCAACUUGGCAAAACGAUGAAUUUAUUUACACAGCAUCGAAUGAGCUGAUCGAUUCCUCAACACCUGAUUUACCUCCGACUAAUCAUCGGUGUGAUAGUACAUCUUCAUCAGCAGACAGUGCUUAUUCUAAUCAAGAUGAUGAUUGUGUCUUGAAAUCUGUCGAUCAACGGAAAUCGUCAUCUUCAUCUUCGACAUUAUCGAUCGAUCAAACAAACGAUGACACGUAUUAUAGUAUUCAACAAGUUCAAUUAAAACAUGAGCAGGACGGUUCUUUGAGAGGUUCGUCAAUUCAGUUGGAAAAGAGUCAUCGAAAUGACGGAAUCGUCGAUCAAGAAAAGACUUCUUUGGAAGCGGUUGGUGUACGAAGAAAGCCAUUGAAUAAAGGAAGAUCAUCUGAUGACUAUCCUUGGUUUUAUUAUCAACGUGAUUUAUUUCCUUCCUAUAUUCAAUAA